AAUGCACAGCUAAUGGUGGUUACUGUGUUGAAAAACAGAGUUUAAUAUCUGAGGCUUUGCUCUACCAAGUAGCGUUAUCAUGCUCUUCAUCUGUUGUAGUUUCUACGGAAAUAAAUAGGAAGCAUUACCUACAGGGUAAUCUAUGUGUAUAUACAUAAUUUCUCCAUGACCGUGCUGUUGCCUAAGAGGUCCCGGCUCCCGGCCGUGGCCUUGUCAGUGUGCUGCUCCUUCAUGACAUGCUCCAUUGCCUGGUGCAGGCAGGGGCAGCUGCAGUUCUUCUAUAUCAGCGAGUGGCACGACGCCCGCGCCCCGCACUGUCCGUGCUGCACAUGGCAGCGCCGUCCCAGCUCAGCGUGCGCACAGGGCUGAGGUGGGGUCCGAGAGCCGUGCGGAGCCUCGGGCAGCCUCUGGCGGCGUGACCGUGCACCGCUCGCAAACGGACUUGAGCCAAAUUUCUGAUGUGGUUUAAAUAACCGGAUUCUUAUUAAAGACAAAGUUACCAGAGCCUAAUUUAUAUGUCGCCCAACUGCUCUCGUGUUCAACAGGCUCCGCACCGCCGUAACCGCGCCGUUCCCGUGCGGCCCCCCCCCAGCCCCGUGCCGGUGUCCAGGCAACGGCGGCGGCGUCACUUCCUGCGGUACCGCCCCUCCCGCCGCGGCCCUCGGGCCGGCUCCGUUCCGAGCUCUGGCUGUUGCGGCGGUCGCGACACGUGGCGCGGCGGGGCGGCCCCGCUGGCGCCGGUCCGGCGGGCAGCAUGGCCGCGGCGGCCGAAGCGGCGGGAGGCGGAGGCAGCAGCCGGCACGAGAAGAGCCUGGGGCUGCUCACCACCAAGUUCGUGUCGCUGCUGCAGGAGGCCAAGGACGGCGUGCUGGACCUCAAAGUGGCUGCUGAUGCCCUUGCCGUAAGGCAGAAGAGAAGGAUCUAUGAUAUCACCAACGUUUUAGAAGGGAUUGAUCUCAUUGAGAAGAAGUCAAAAAACAGCAUUCAGUGGAAAGGAGUAGGUGCUGGCUGCAAUACAAAAGAAGUUGUGGACAGGCUGCGGUAUCUUGAAGCUGAAAUUGAAGAUCUAGAGCUAAAAGAAAAAGAAUUGGAUCAGCAGAAACUGUGGCUACAGCAAAGCAUCAAGAAUGUUAUGGAUGAUUCUACAAACCACCAAUUUUCAUAUGUCACCCAUGAAGAUAUCUGUAACUGUUUCAAUGGAGACACACUUCUAGCAAUUCAAGCACCUUGUGGUACACAGUUAGAAGUACCUAUACCCGAAAUGGGCCAGAAUGGACAGAAGAAAUACCAGAUCAAUCUUAAAAGUAGUUCAGGACCUAUCCAUGUACUGCUUAUAAACAGAGAAUCAAAUUCCUCCAAGCCCAUGGUGUUUCCAGUUCCUCCACCUGAUGACCUUGCACAGACCCCAUCUCAGCCUGCAGCUCCAGUGACUCCCCUUAAACCUACUCCAGCUACUGAAAAUCCACCAGAAUGUGGCCUUAACCAGGAACAACAAUUGCCAGAAACAACAGUGGACACACGGUCAGAAAGCAAUUUGCGGCAGAACAGUACAACUCCAGCAACUCCUUAUUCUAGCCUUCCAGACUCAGUGUUGUACCCCAGCCUUUCGGGAGAUGUCGCCCAAGCUACAGCGAGCUCCAACGACUAUCAGGCUUUGCUCCCUUUGGACGUUAACUGUAUCCUCAAGCCAAACUCAUUUGACAUAGGAAAGAUGGAGGAGCCCACAGGAAAUAUUGGUGGGGAUAUUAUUGACGAACUUAUGUCCUCUGAUGUUUUUCCUCUCUUACGACUCUCUCCUACUCCCGGAGAUGACUACAACUUUAACCUGGAUGAUAAUGAAGGAGUCUGUGAUCUCUUUGAUGUGCAGAUACUAAAUUAUUAGAUAUUGUGUCAACCAGACUACUUAUCUACCUCUAACGAUAACAUUCUAGACUUCUUCAUAACCUAAGUAUUUGAAUAAUGAAUGUAUAACUUCUUAGUUCACUGACUCUGGGAGUAUAUUUCCUUUUGCUUCCUUUAACUACUUCACAAAACGAAUUUAACCACCAGAAAAAAAGGGCUUUUAUCAGAA